UAUGGGAAGAGGAAUAUGAAGCCGCCUCGAAGAUGCGGCGGCGACGCCAAGAGCAAAACGUCGUGAAGUUGCUGGUUUCCUAUAUAACGACUAGGUCCUUUUGAGGAUGGGGACAGGACGAGCACGAGAGCGGCAAAGAAGAGGAUCAGUCCUGCCUUUGAACCGGAACCUCCUCGCAUCUUGACUCACCCCUCACCAACUUGUCAACAUGCAGCUCACCAACCUCGCCUUCUGGGCGAUGACGGCGGUGCAGACCGUCCAGGCGCACUACCGCUUCAGCAAGCUGAUGGUUAAUGACCACCUGACCGGCGACUGGGAGUACAUCCGCGAGAACAGCAACGGCAUCAUGCCGACCAAGCAGUUCAUCCAGCCUAGCGACGAUUUCCGCUGCAACUCGGGCUCGUUCGCCAACGCGGGCCGCACGGGUGUCUACAAGGUCAACCCCGGCGACAAGAUCGGCUUCCAGCUGUGGUACUACGCAACCAUGCAGCACCCGGGCCCGCUCACGAUCCACAUGUCCAAGGCCCCCGGCGACGUGCGCGACUACCAGGGCGACGGCGACUGGUUCAAGGUGCACCAGAUGAUCAUCUGCAAGCCACCAUCGAACGGCUACCUGAACGACCAGGACUGGUGCACGUGGGACCUGGACACCGUCAGCUUCACGCUGCCGGCCGACACGCCCCCCGGCCAGUACCUGGUGCGCGUCGAGCACAUCGCCCUGCACGGCGCCUCGGACGGCCACACCGAGUUCUACUACGAGUGCGCCCAGAUCGAGGUCGGCGGCAACGGCAACGGCCAGCCGGGCCCCAUGGUCAAGAUCCCUGGUCUGUACGACUCCGAAGACCCCGCUCUGCGCUUUUUUAUCUAUGGCGUGCCGGAGUACCCGUACACCAACAUCGGCCAGCAUUCCGUCUGGACCGGCGGGCAGGCCAGCGGCGGCGGAAACUCGGGCGGUGGCGGAAACACUGGCGGCGGCGGCGGCGGCGGCGGUGGACGGGCGCCUCUCUAUGGACAGUGCGGAGGCAAAGACUGGACGGGGCCGACGUCGUGUUCGGAGGGUACUUGCAAGGCUACCAAUGAGUGGUAUUCGCAGUGUGUCAACUGAGCGGAAUAUGUAUGACGUGGAAGUCACUUGAGGCAGGGUGGUAAUGAGAACAGUGUUUGUGCCCUUCAAGACCCCGAGUAACACUUUGCCUGGUAUUGUUGUUUCAGCGGCCAUACACCUUUGCCCCGAGGAAGAGUCACUUGCCUUUCCCAAUCUUCAAGCCGCCCUGCCAGUAGUUGAACAACAUAAUCUCUCGCCUCUGGUUCCACUCUUGAACUCAACGUCCGUUGUUCGGCGGCCUCACAUGGUUCCGAUAUCAAAAUAUUAUUCCGUUGAGAUAGACCU